CCUUCAACUCCAGCCUUGGUCUUUAACAAAAUUAUUUCUGCUUUUUGUUCCUAGAUUAGAUUUUCUUUCCAUUAUUAAUAUAUCCCAACAAAUGUACUGUUGAGUUUCGUAUUUGGCAGUUUGCAAGUGGAAGCUGCUGCCUCACUUGUUGGUACAGGUUAGAGCUGUGUGUGUGGUGGAUGUGUGAGAGUCAGCGUGGAGGAAGGAGGAUUCACUUUUCACACUGACAGGGAGUGGUGCAGCUUCCAACUGUGCUGAUGUUUUGGUGUUAAAAGAAUUGAGGAUUUGAGGUAGUUUCCAUGAUCUGGCAGCGCUCACCGGGGUCAGAAGCCAUUAGAAGGCCAGGAGAGGGCCCACUGAAGAUGGAAGGUGGUGGCAGAGGUCCUCUGGAUGGGAGAGGCUCACUCCUGGUUUCUCCACAGGACUGUCACAGGUUGGAUUUAUUCCUUUUCCCAGCAGUUUGUCAGGGAUUAGCAAAUCUCGCUGGGACACCAAAGUGCUGGUGGCCCAGCACACACACCAGACCUUGCUGUCUUGAGCCUGAAUUCUUCCUGUGACACUAAACCCCAUUUCUGUAGAAACCUGUGGAAGCGUUUUAAGCUCAGGUGUGCCCUGUGCCCCUCAGUAACUCACUCAUGUUCACGUGCCCAUAGUCUGAAGACCUGGGAGUUUGUAAUCCACGUUCCAUGAGUGAGCCCAUUAGAGAUGGAGGUGUCUGUGCUAUGGAGGACUGUGCAGAGGUAACGAGUUCUCCAAACUUUGGGAAUGCUUAUUAAUCCCUGGACUAAGCCUAACCUCUCAGGCAGGACUGCCUUGCAGGUUAAUGCUUCUGGCUCCCUCUAAUGUGGUUUCAGUUGAGUUCUCUGGCUGAUGCAUGGCACUCUCCAGUCCUCUCCUGUCUCUGCUGGGGCCAGACGUCAGGUGGGGCUCUGGCUGUGACCUCUGGGCCUUUCUUUUGGGAUGUGGAUCACAGGGUGGAACUUGGCAUGGUGCCUCUCUUGGGUGCCCUGUAUUGCUCUGUGUGUCACUGUGUGGAAACACAGACUUGAAAAAAGGAAAAGCCUUUCCCCAGCCCCAUGUGUGUCCCAAGAGCCUGGGGUGCUGCAGGCUCAGAUGUGAUGGAGUGAGCAUGGAUUAUGGGACUAGGUCUGGAGUCGGGGCAGGGGGUGGUGGUGUCACUGUGUUUCAUGAGCUGAGCAGGAAUUUGCAGUUUGAAUCUUGUCCAGAUUCAGAUGUUCCCUCUCUGCCUCUCUCUGAGCUGGAGCUGUUCUGGAUGUCUCACAUACCAUUGGAACACUGCUGAUUGGGACCGUGUGGAAGCUACAGGCAAAUUGUGGAUGUGGGCCUUCCUAAUGUAGGCUUUGGAGCAUGUGCAGGAAUUUCAGCCCUUUGGAAGGGAGUAGUGCCCUGUCCACCUGCCAGCCUACCUCUCCAGAGGUCUGGGCAGGUGGGAUGUGGAAGGGAGGCUGCUGCUGCUCCAGCUUUUCUCCUCUCAGUUCUCAGCAGCCAGAGCCUAUGCCUGUGGCAUUAGUGAUGAUGUGUUGUUUAAUUCAUUAUCCAGUGACCUUUCUACACGAAUCUUAAUUGGCCCAAAAAUCCAAAUAUAAAAUGUCAGGAAGGAAACAUUUGCAUCCAAUUUUAAUCUUAUUCUAAGAGUUUGAAGAGUGAAGUCAUUUGAUGUGCAGUGAGAAGGGAGGAGCAGAGUAGAAGUUCUUCCCAUCUUCCACACUCCCUUGUUCAGGAAAGACCAGGAGAGGUUUCUAAAGAGAUGUAGGUGUGUUCCUGUUAAACUUUGCUUGACACUGCUUGAGCUAAAAUCUUACACAGCCUGUGGUGAGGAAGUGCAGCAGAAACAGAACCCCUUCAAGCAGCCUUGAGCUGUGGGUGUGGUGUCUGACCUCCUGCAGAAGGUCCUUACAUCAAACUCAAAGAUUUUGGGUUGUGUGUAUGGAAUUGAUACCGCAUUUAGCUACUUUCUGUGCACUUCAACUUGUAAGGAAGUGGAUGAGUUCAAUGUGCUGAGUUUUGUGAUGUUGCUUUUAAUUCUAGAUCUUCAUCUGAGCUGGGGCUCCCUCUUUAGUUCUGUUGAAUCCCAAAGUGAUGCUGUGUUACAUCUGCCAGGCAGAAACGUUUCUUUCUUGUAGUCUUGUGGUGUUGUUCAGCAAGAACCUACCCUGUGAUGGUUCCUUCAUCCUGACCACCCACUGAGGGAUGGAAUCCAGUGGUGAGAGUGCUGAGCUGUCUCUGGGUGGUACCUGCAACAGCCUAAAAACUACACUUGCCAGUUGCUGGUGGUAAAAUUUUGCUGGUGUGGUACACUGUGGCUCAUUCUCAGGAAAGUUCCAGAGGUGGAGGCAUUUUGUACCCCCUAGGACAGCUGCCUUGUGGUGUAAGUCUUGUUACUGAGAAAAGCUGAGCAGGGAAGCACAGAGCCUAUGCCCUGAGUGAUGUGGCUGUCACCAGCUGUGUUCUGGCUGAAACAUCUGCAUCUUUCACUGAUAUUGGGCUGUGUGCUGAAUGGAGCAUCAGGCAGGGACAGUGCUGUCAACUCUGACCAUGCCAGUGCUGGAGUCCUGCUUCAGAGAUACUGGGAAGGAAUUCAGCAGAGUCAUCCUUAAGCUCAUCUCUCUUCCUGGUGUUUUUCAUCAUUUUUGUUUCCCACAAAUAACUUGUGUUAUAUUUCGAAAUGGUGCUUCAGCUUGCUAACAGCCAGUGAAUAUGAAUAAACAGGAGAGAGGAUUGCCAGUUGACAGGGAUCUUUUUUAGUUUAGAAAAUACAGCUUAGGGAGCCACUUUUCCAUAGAGAUAUGUGCUGGUUGCACUCUGACAAGUGAGAAAAUGGUGAUUGUUGCCUGUUUUAUCUUUGGGGGAAUGCCUGCAGUUGGUAAUCCAGAAUUUUGUGGUCUCCUGAAGAAAUGAAACUAGCAAAGGAUCAGUUAAAAGCAUUGCCUGACCUUCGUGUGAAGUCCUGUGCUAAAUGAGCCCAAGGACUGUGAAUAAAUUAGGAGUUAGGUAAGUCAGGAGGGGAAUGAGAGGGCUGAGGGAAAUCUGAAUUCAACCACACUCUAAUGAUUUCUCUUGGAAUGAGUAUUUCCCAUUAAGUUAAAGUAGUAUUAUGAAAAGCCAGGAGACUGACGUGCAGAAGUGGGAUAAUUUGAAUUGUACAUUUGAAAAUAUUUUUAUAAGCUCUUUGCCUUUUCCCUGUCAAUUUUUUUGACAAGUCUUGUUUGAAAAAAAAAAAAGUGCUGAAAACUUCUGGUUUGUUUUUUUUUUCUUUCUGGACUUGUGUGUUUAAUAUGAAGUAAUAGUACUCUAGAGGGAUAUCUGCAAGACUGAAACCAGUAGUUUAAUCUCAUUUAAUUAGACCAGGGGAAACUGAGUAGGUUGUCCUGCUGCUUUCUGGGUCAUAGCAGGGCCUGGGGAGGGUGGGCAGUUCUGCAGGGAGGGUUUGGAGAGGGCAGGAGGAAAGUUUGAUGUUUACUGGCCAUAUGAGGAAGGAUUGACUAUCUCUGGUGGACAGGUCCAGCUCAUCCUUAGCCAGUCUGGGUAACAACUGUAUUCAACACAGAUUUGUCUCUCUAAAGGUUUCUAUUGUAAACAUUCUUGCCUGAUUGCAGCCUGGACCCUUUAAAGACAGCCCCACCACCUGUAUAGAAGCAGUUACAAGUUCCCCUACACCACAAACUGUGCCCUGUAUGAUUAAUUUGAUAUGUUUUAAGGCAUUGAUUUACUGCACAUUUCCACAGUAUUCCCAAGACCAAGAUUAUCCUGAUCUUUUGUGGUAUCUCUGAGAGGUGAAUCCCAACGUAGUACUUUGCUAUGGCAACAGAAAUACACCAUUUGUCAUGGCAGAGCUGCUCCUCAGUGUCUCAGCUGUGAAUCAGACAGCUCAGGUAACGUGGGGGCUCAGUGGAGCUCUGGAAUUCCUGUGUUUGCUCCUCGAGGGCUGAGGCAGCUCUUUCAGUGCUUUUUAUUGUCAUGAAAAUGUUCAGAGUGAAGCCAAAGGAGUUUCAAGGUGGGUGCCUGCUAGUCUGUGCUGGGACUUAGAUUAUCUCCAGGACUCAGGAAACAGAAGCAGCAGGUGGUUCUGUUUAGGGCAGGGAUGUCCCUUUUGGGACAGGUUCUUGCAGUGGCAGGAACUUUCCCUGUAGCCUUUCAUCCUGAAGAAAUACCUUCAGUCCCCUGCUUCCUCUGCUUAUUCAGUAAUAACUUCAUGUUUGCUUAUGUUUUUAGCCAAGUUUUGGCAUCAUUUCAGUGUAACUGUUCUGGAAGAGCUGCUUCCAUCUCCCUGGGGAGCAGCUCUGCUGAUGUAACACUGGGAGGAGAGGGCAGGGGAUGUGUCCCGGGAGCUCUUGGCAGUGCCAUGCAGGGCUGGGAACCCUUCCUACAUCCUUGUUCCCUUCCAUUCAGGCUGAAAGUAAUAAACCUGCACAGACUGUCAGGGCAGUGCUGUUCCUGUUGACCAAGGUGUGCCCCACACUGAUUGUAUAAAUCAUCCUGGUGAUACAGGGAGCAGCAGUUAAUAGAAAGUGCUUUAGGUUUAUUUUAUUUUUUCACAAGUGCAUCCAGCUAGGUAGCAAAGUCAGGUAUAGCAAAUUUGGUAGCAAAUGCUAAAAUCCAGUUCCUCCAUCAAGCUGUAUUUUUGUUGCAUGGUUUUCAAUUAAAAGAAAAAGCACAAGUGGAUUUGUGCUCUGACUUGCAAAUUCUAUGAGGAUAAAUAUAGUCAGCAUCACUAUGGUGCAGUUCUUCUUUGGCACAUUCCUCCCCAAAUCUGUUCAGAAAAGGGAAAACAUUCCCUCUUGGUCCAAGGGCUAAGCAGGGUGGAAGAGCAGAAGUGUGAGAAGUGCUGGAAGCUGCUCAGAGCUGCAGGUGAAGCCGAGACCCGGCGGCUCAGGCAGGAAAUGUCCUCUCCUGGCAGCCCCUGGGGUGAUCCCAGCUGUGGGAUGGAGCCGGAUCCAAGUCCCCGUUUUGAGGCAUUGCCAGGUGGCUGCAGGCACAGCCUUUGCUGGAUGUUCCUCAGGCUGUGGGGAGCAAUAAACGGAGCUUUGACCACUCGAGCAACUGAGAUCAGUCACAAAUGUGAUCACUUGGCAGCUGCAGCUUGGAGAAAUGAGCUCAGGGUUUGAAUUCCAAGGUCUUGAAUCCUGGUGCUGUCACCUGCUUGCCAAAUGGCUUCAGCUCCGAUAUUAAUGUGUUUUCCAUUUGUUGGCUCCUCUGAUCUCCUGGAGGCAGACGGGGGAUAUGUGUCAGGCCUGUGAACGUGGAACAAUGAGCAUCUGAGGGACUGAGGGGUGUCAGAUUUCUUUCUGGGUUUUGGAGCUUUGUAAUAAAUACAGGAAAACACAGGAGAGGCAGAUAAAAAUGCUUAACAGUGCCUUUAUUCAUUACGUAUGGGUUGGUUUGGCAGUCUUAGCCAAGAAAUAGCUGUGAUCACUCUCUUAUCUUCUUGUAUCUUCACAUGUCCUCACAGGAACCGCAAUCCUUGCAUGGAGGAGCAUUUUCAUGCUUUUGUUUGCAACGCAAAUCACGCCAGUGGUUUUAAGAGUGAUGUUUUCAUCUGAACUUAGCUUGAGAAACCUGGCUGCUGUCAUCAUGCCCAUCUUCACUGCUGUGUUAAAACCCAGCAGACCACAGACCAAAAAGGAAGUUUGCUCAGUGUCAUCUGGGGGAAGCAGUUGCCCCCUUGUUUGCUUUUGGAGGUGCAAGAUCUUUCCCCUGAUUACAGGUGGUGAGUUUGUGGUGCUUGAGUGGGUGUAGCCAGUGAAAUCUGAAAUUAUUGUGCUUUCAGUGCCACGUGUUUGUUGUGACAGAUGGCCUUCGCCUGGCUUGGCACGAGGCCUUCUGGUCCUUUGUGCUGGUGCAAUGGAAGAGUAGUUUUAUUAAACUGGGAGAGGCCGUGCCCAUGCACAGCCUGCCUCUCUCCUCAGUGCAGCCCUGAACCAGAGCAGACCCUUCAGCCCUGUCCACUUACCAAGAUGAACACAGACAGCAAGUUUUACCUUGAAUUCCUAUCCUGAAUCAACCAGGAAUUGUGUUUUUGCUCCAACACCUUCUUUGUUGCUCUUUAAUCCAUUGCCCAGCAUUUGGGGUAGGGAUAUUUCUUGACCCAGAGUCCACUAUGUUUCUUCCGCUGCAAAAGUUCAAGGAGCUCUGCUUGGUGCCUCAGUGUCAAACCUCAGCUUGGUUUUCUGCAAGUGGCACCCUUGGUUUGUGUGUCUGCGAAGUUUUGAGCUCUCACUGGAGGUUUUCCAUGUGAUUGAGAUGUUUACAACUUGACUUUGUCUCGUCAUUUCUCCUCUGCUUAGUAAGGAUUAAAUUCACAGGGCAGUUUCUGUGUUCUUGGAAAACACUUUCUCCUCUCUGGAACUUUAUUUGCCACCAAGGAUGAUAGACCUUUGUUUGAAUCUCUUGAAUCUCUUAUUUUGACCUCUUCCAGAAAUCUGACAUAAACAGGAUGAGCUCACAAAUCUAAUUUCCAAAGGAGACCAGGAUUAAAGCUUGCCCUUGUUUGUUCAUUUGCUUCUUGCAGCAGUUGGGAUGAGUUUGAUAAUGUGAUGUCAUUUUUAGCCAGUGAGUACUCCAGGCUUGUGCAUCAGUGAAAUUGAGUGGCUUUUCUCCCUUCUCCCCUUUUGAUGUACUGAAUGAGGGGUCUGAAUUUUCAACAGCUCAGCUCUUGGUUUCUCCCAGACUCUUAGGGAGCCCCGUGCUGCCAAGGCCAGCACUAAGCCCUGUCCAACCUGAACCUUUCCUGGCACAAUUUGAGGCUGUUCCCUCUUGUCCUGUCACUUGUUCCCUGGCAGCAGAGCCCAGAACCCCCCAGGCUAUAUCGAAACAGUCCCAGGAGUGUUGAAUGUUGCAAAAUCCUCCUCUUUAAAAUGCAGCUAAUUCAUGAACCCUCAACCAGAAGAGCCCUGUGCUAUGGUCAUGAACCUGCCCUGCAUGCAGCUGAGUGAGAGUCCCUUUCCAGGAGCAGCUGAAAGCCCCGGGAAGGUUGUGUCUUACUGUGGGUUUCAGUUGCAGCAUCAAGUUAUCAAAUAAGGAGAAAUCCUCCACGUCCAACAAGAUCAGGUGCUGUUGUCUGUGUCCUCUGGAGAUGCUGAGUUUAUGAAAUUAUCCUCCAGUGACAAGUGUGAUAUCAAUCAGUCCUCUAGGAUUGGAUCCUGCAAAGCUUGUAUCUGCGGGGAAUUUCUAUGAAGACGUCAACAAAACAAGCAGGAUUACAGUUCUUGUGUUACUCUGUGGUGCUUACACAGUGUGCAUAAGGGACACACUGGAAGAGAUCUGAUUGAAUUAUGUUAGCAUAGAAUUUUUGGGGUACUUUUUUUCAUCCUGUUAUAUCUGAAUGCCCCUUUAAUGGAGAAAUUUACCUGUUAGGAUAGAACAAGAAGUAGAUGUUAUAAAUUAAGUAAAGGUUCAAUUUACAUUAGGUAUUGGGAGGAAACUCUUCCCUGUGAGGGUGGUGAGGCCGUGGCACAGGGUACUCAGAGCAGCUGUGGCUGCCCCUGGAUCCCUGGAAGUGUCCCAGGCCAGGUUGGACAGGGCUUGGAGCAACCUGGGUUAGUGGAAGGUGUCCCUGUUCCAUGGAGGAACUGGUUUUUAAGUUCCCUCCCAACCCAGGCCAUUCUGGGAUUCUAUUGCCAUGAUGCUGUUUUUGGAGGGAGGAGUUCCUCUGAAUCUAAAAAUCUGAUUAAAACUGUUUUCUGUUUUGACUUGUUAAAAAAAGGAUAAAACAUGGGCUAGUGUUGACAAUGUUGGCAUUUCCAGGCAGGCUCAGAUGGCAGCUCCAGCUGGGAUAUUCCCAUUCCAGAGGGCAGAGCAGCAUCCACACAGUGUCAAGAGCCAGAGCAUGGCUGUGAACCCACAGUCCUUCAUAUGCAGCGUGACCUGUGUCUGAUAGCAAAGCCCUGAAGCCUUAGGAUGAAUUUCCCCAAGAUUUAUUCAUUUAUAGCACUGCAGAGGGAAGUAUUUGCUCGUAUCCAAUAGCUUUAUGCAGUUAAAAAGAAGGGAAUUUGGAGAAGCCUGCCUGGCCACAUGCUCCCUGCCACUGCAGGGCUCUGGGAAGGGAUGGCUGUCAGGGUUUGUUUGGGUCUGAGUAAUUUUUCACAAGCUGGGAGAAAGGUUUGCCCAUUUCUUGGGGAAAGAAAAGCAAAAGAGUUACAGCAGGUCAGUUUGGGAAUCUCAUUUCAUUUCUGAGGGCAGGGAAUCAUUACUAACCUAAUUUCCUUUUGAGAUUGGGUUUUCUAAGGUGUAACUCUUGUGUGAGCUGUUUAUUUUUUCCAUCUUGCUGGAGGUUCCUGCUCUGUCCUUUCCAUGAGAUUUUUCCCUGCGUGUGGAAGUGUUUUAUGCAAUAACCCUCUCUGCUUUGGGGUCUGCAACCUGUGCAGUGACCAGUCUGUGAAGGAGUUUGUGACCAGCCUCAAAAAGAAAAUAAAUGUCACAAGGUGCAGGGGGCUGGGAUAGGGACACAGCAGGAUUUACCCUGGGAAUUCGCCCUCCAUGUGGCACUGCCUGCAGCCCUGCUGAGUGGCAGGAAGUGUGGGAAUUCUGGGCCUUGGAAGCUCAUGUUCCCUUCAAAGCAUGCUGGUGUACAGGAAAGGCUCAGCAGGGACCCCAAACCUGGGAGGCUCCCGACGUCCAACCACAUUACCUGCUGGGAAAGAUCCCGUUGUCAUGACCAGCAGUAGGAUAAAUUUCCUUGAGGAAGUUCCUUCAAAGAAGUCAUGAGCUGAGCUUGGAGAACCCCAUCUCCCCCUUUGGCUGCUCCCCAUGUCCCACCUGGCAGCCAGUGGGCAAGGGUGGCCCUGAGCCUGUCCCUGUCCCUGCACCAUCGUGGCUUCCCUUGGACAAGGAGCGAGGCCACCCCAGUGCCCAGCAGCAUGUCCUGCUGCCCCAGCUGGCUCCAGGGGGAUCCAUGUGGGGUUGGCACUGCUGCCACAGCUGUGCUACGUGCCUGGAUAUGCCACUUGUCACCCGGAUGUCACACAUGAGGUUCCAUUCAUAAUGAAACGAUGGUUCUGUUUAAAACAGAGGCAUCGCUUUUCGCAUGGAAUAUUCUCCUCUUACCUGCAAGCAGAGUUCCUUUUGGCCCAGAAUAUUUGUUGCUUCCUUAAGAUCCUGAUUUGUUUCCUUUUUAAAUUGCCUGCUUACAUGUGCCUCAGUGCCUCCUCGGAGCGGGGCCGUCACCAGGAGCUCUCCCAGCACCCAGCAGGAGUCAGAGCUGCUCCAGUGGCUCCCUGGUUCUGCAGGGCACAUCAUGGUCAUGGGGUGGAGGGGUGAGCAAGAAGCCUCCUGUUAUUUUUUUUUUACCCAUCCUCCCUGCCAAACGGCCUAUUUUCUGCCCCUAAUGGUUUUUGCCUAACAAAUGGUGUUUCUUUUUUACAGCGUUAUGAUCCUGGACUUGUUGUGGUGAUGGUAAACUUAGCAGUGGGAGGACAGAUCCCAUCCCUAUCGUUGUCAAGUAUGAUGUCAUGGGCAUGGGCCGGAUGGAGAUGGAGCUUGACUACGCCGAGGAUGCCACGGAGCGGAGGCGAGUGCUGGAGGUGGAGAAGGAAGACACCGAGGAGCUGAGGCAGAAGUACAAGGAUUAUGUUGAUAAAGAAAAGGCUAUUGCCAAAGCUUUGGAAGACCUCAGAGCAAACUUCUACUGUGAACUCUGUGACAAGCAGUAUCAGAAGCACCAGGAGUUUGACAACCACAUAAACUCUUACGACCAUGCUCACAAGCAGAGGUUGAAAGAUCUCAAGCAGAGGGAAUUUGCUCGCAAUGUCUCGUCAAGAUCCCGGAAAGAUGAGAGGAAGCAGGAGAAAGCCCUGCGGCGCCUGCACGAGCUGGCUGAGCAGAGGAGGCAGCCUGAGUGUGCUCCUGGAAGUGGGCCCAUGUUCAGGACCACCACGGUGGCUGUGGACGAGGAAGGUGGAGAUGACGAUGAUUCCGCGGCCAACAGUGGCUCCUUUGUCCAGAUGAGCUCUGGCCAGGCCACAGAGAUGACCACGGACAGAGGCUUCCUGAACACUGGACAAGGCACUGUGAUGCCAGGCCAGACGCCUGCCCAGGGGGCACAGGCCAUCAGCUUUGGCAUUAAGAGCUCUCUGGGAACUCCACUACAGAAGAUCGGGGUGUCCUUUUCCUUUGCCAAGAAGACCCCAGUGAAGCUGGAGACCAUCGCUUCUGUUUUCAAGGACCACGUGGACGAGUCCAGUUCUGCAGAUGGGGCAAAAGGUGAUGAGAAGGGAUCCUCGGAGGCUGGCAGCUUGCAGAAGUCUGGGGAGGGUGAAGGCACCAAUAAUUCUGAUGGCAAGGCAGAGGAUGAUGACCAGCAUGACAAGGACAGUGGGGCUCUAGCCAGCACCUUAUCCAAACUGAAGAAGAUGAGGCGAGAAGAUGGACCAACAGCUGUAGAACCAGAAUAUUACCACUACAUCCCCCCAGCCCACUGUAAAGUAAAGCCCAACUUUCAAUUCCUGCUUUUCAUGAAGGCUACUGAGCAAACAGAAGCGGAAAAUGUGAACAAAAAAAACGCGCACGAAGUGAAAAAGGGGAGUUCCCCCAAACCCAAACCCAGCAAGCACACAGAAAAGGCUGCUGAGAGCACAGGGCAGCAGAAGGAGCAGAGUACUACUGAAACUGCAGCUCAGCAGGGCAAAACAGAACGAAAAGACAUCCCAGAGAAUGAAAAUACACAGGAGAGCAAGCACCUUCCAGAGAGCAAUCCCCCUGAGCCAGACGCUGCUAAAGAAGCUCCUCCUCCUGCCUCGGGCUGCAGAGAUGGCUCUGAGGGACCAAAGCACCCCAUGGGACCUUUUUUCCCUGUUCUGAGUAAGGACGAGAGCACGACACUGCAGUGGCCUUCAGAGCUGCUCAUCUUCACCAAAGCUGAGCCCUCUGUAUCCUACAGCUGCAACCCCCUGUACUUCGACUUCAAGCUCUCCCGUAACAAGGAUGCAAAAGGGAAAGGGGCAGAGAAAUCCAAGGAUCAAGGGGGGCUUUGUAAAGACAACGCUCAGAGCACAGAACCUGGUGAGGUAAGCAAAACCAAGGAGGCUGAAAGCGUAGGGAACAGUUCUGCUCAGAAAAUGGAAAACAAAUCCCAGAGUAAGCAGGAGUCCGGUCUGGGAAGUGUCGGUAAGGGAGAGGGGGAGGACACCAGUAAGAGUGUAACGGGUAAGAGUAAAUCUGGAAGGUCCCAUAAACACAAAAAGAAAAAGAAGCACAAAAAGUCCAGCAGACACAAACGCAAACAUAAGGAGGAAGCUGAGGAGAAGGCCCGGAAAGCUGAGCUGGGGGAAGAGAAACCCAAGAAACGGAAAAGGCAUAGGCACAAAAAAGGUAAAUCCUCCCUUUCAACAGAGUCAGAUCGGGCACUGAAACCUGAACUGUCUGAAGACUGCAGCCAUUUCCAGAAGAAAAAGCGAUGCUCCCAGGAGUCCCAGAGGAAAUCCCUGUCUGCUGAGGAGGGAAGCAGCAGUAAAAAAGAAGACGGGGGUAACUCCUGCCAAGAGCACGGCAGCAAAAGGCACAAGGCUGAGCUGCAGCAGGUGCCUGGCGUGAGGAGGCGCUGCCCAGCUCUGUCCCAGCCCCGGGGCGGCUGCCGGAGCCAGCAGAGCAGCGGUGACGAUGACAGUGACGAGGGCUCCCCUGGCAAGCACUGCCGCCAGAAGUCCCCGUCGCAGUACAGCGACGACUACGACUCGGGCAGCGAGCACUCCCGCAGCCGCUCCCGCUCGGGCCGCAGGCACUCCUCACACAGGUCCUACUCCACCAGCUCGGACGCAUCCUCGGAGCACAGCCGCUACAGCCGCCACAGGAGCUACUCGGACGACAGCUACAGCGACUACAGCGACCGCUCCCGCUGCCACUCCAAGCGCUCCCAGGACUCGGAGGAUGACUCUGACUACAACAGCUCAAACCACCGCUCAAAGCGGCGCAAAUACUCCUCGUCGGAAGAUGACUACAGCUCGAGCAGGAGCAGGUCCAGGAGUCGGAGCAGGAGCCGAAGCGACCCUCGAGGCAGGUCGAGAUCGAGGAGCCGGGGCAGGAGCCGCAGCAGCAGCUGCAGCCGCAGUCGGAGCAAGAGGAGGAGCCGCAGCGUGACGGGCCGCAGCUGGAAGCGCAGCCGCAGCUACAGCCGGGACCGCAGCCGCAGCACCCGCAGCCACUCACAGAGGUCCCUGUCACGGAAGGGCUCGCGGGGCCACGAGAGCCCCGAGGAGCGAAGGUCUGGCAGAAGGGACUUCAUUAGGUCUAAGAUCUAUCGCUCCCAGUCUCCUCACUACUUCCGGACAGGCCGAGGUGAAGGGUCGCUGCUGAAGAAGGAGGAUGGCAAAGGAGAGGAUCUGAAAGGAUCCAGCUCCCUGUCCCAGAACAGCAGCGGCUCUGGCAUGGGGCGGGCCUUGGAAGGGGACUGCAGUCCUGAGGAGAGGAACUCUGUCACUGCAAAGCUGCUCUUGGAAAAGGUGCAGUCCAGGAAGGUUGAGAAGAAGCCCUGCGUCACUGACGAGAUGCUAUCAGGGGCAAACAAAGUGGGCAUAAAGCUCAAAGAUCCUCCCCAGGGGUACUUUGGCCCCAAACUGCCUCCUUCAUUAGGCAACAAACCGGUUCUGCCCUUAAUUGGGAAGCUACCAACUAUUCGGAAACCAAACUCCAAAAGAUACGAGGAGUCUGGCUUGGAGAGGGGCGAGGAGCAGGAGCUGUCAGAUGCUGAGGAUGGUUCCCAAGGCAUGGAGGACGGUCAGCUGGCCGGCCAGUCUCUCCUGGAAGAUGUGGUGAUGGUAAUUCAGGACAAACCUCUGGAUGAGCAGAAACGUGAUGAAGCCUCUGUGGAGAUGCCGUCCCUCCCCCUGGACGCGCCGGCGCUCCCCGAGUGCUUUGGCUCCGGAGAUCUGGUCAUGCCACACAACUUCCUCUCAGAUCCCAGCGAUGGUGACGGGCUGGAGCCUAUGGACAGGGGCAACCAGCCAGUCCCAGUGGAAACCAGUAUGAUGCCCUUAGAUGUUGAGCACUUUCCUGGCUACGUGCCUCAGAGCGGGGAGCCGAACAUGGAAGGAGAUCGGGAGGGGGGAGAGGAUUCCUCUCUAGCCCCGCUGGAGAGCCAGCCCAUCACCUUCACACCCGAGGAGAUGGAGAAGUACAGCAAGCUGCAGCAGGCUGCCCAGCAGCACAUCCAGCAGCAGCUGCUGGCCAAGCAAGUGAAGGCAUUCCCUGCCUCAGCCGCCCUGGCCCCGGCCGCGCCCGCGCUCCAGCCCAUCCACAUCCAGCAGCCGGCCGCGGCCUCGGCCACGUCCAUCACCACGGUGCAGCACGCCAUCCUGCAGCACCACGCUGCUGCCGCCGCCGCCGCCAUCGGCAUCCACCCCCACCCGCACCCACAGCCCCUCGCUCAGGUCCACCACAUCCCCCAGCCACACCUGACACCCAUUUCCUUGUCCCACCUCACCCACUCCAUUAUUCCGGGGCACCCCGCCACGUUCCUGGCCAGCCACCCCAUCCACAUCAUUCCGGCGUCUGCCAUCCACCCGGGCCCCUUCACCUUCCACCCUGUCCCUCACGCUCUCUACCCGACCCUCCUGGCCCCGAGGCCAGCAGCCGCUGCUGCUGCCACAGCCCUGCACCUCCACCCUCUCCUGCACCCCAUUUUCUCAGGACAGGACUUGCAGCAUCCACCCAGCCACGGCACAUGAAGGACAAAAUGAAGGAACCUCAGAGGAAGGAGAAUAUUCGGCGUUUUGGGAAGGGGUUGGAGUCGAGCCAGCGGGCAGGUGAGGCUUGAGCAUUUCCUUUCACUCUUGAGCAGCCAAAGAAGCCAGGGGCUCGAGGACUGGGCAGUUGGCUGUGUCCCUGGGAUGUCUCGCUCCGACUCCUCUGUGCACACAGCAGCAGCGCUCCAGAAGAACCAUUUCACCUUUAGAACAGUGAGAAACUUGGAAAGGCUUUUUUUCCCCUUGGAUUCUUACACUUGGUCAUCUUCCUUCUGCCACCUUGUAUAUGAUAAAUGAGGUUUCAUAUACACUAAUAGGAUCUCUAAAAAUCCUUUUAUGAGGUCAUCUAAUUAAAGUAGCAUGAUUGAAUCUGGCUUGUAAUCGGCAAUGAAACAUUGGAGCUGUCAGCUGCAGAGGGGCUUGAGGCAUCACUUUUCAGGCAUUGCAGGAGGUUCCUUGGCCCCUGUCUCUGCAGAGGUGGGUUUUUCUUGGUGUGAGCAGCAAAAAUGGAAGUAAGAUCUUAGUGUAAAGAGGAGGAGGAGCUCUGUGUGUGUACCCAGAGCUCCUGUCCUUCUCCUGCAUCCGUGUUCUCCUGUGCCAGGACCAUGCCUGGAUAUCCCAGACUGGAGAGAGUUUCUUGGGUGAGGGGUUGGGAUUCCAGUCUGGGCUUUGACCACUCUUCUCCUGAAAGAAUUCCAUCUUCUGUGGGGUUGGGAAAGAGGCACUGGGAUGGGAGAGAGAAGGAAAAUCCUGUUAGGAAUUGAAGCAAUACAGAGGAUGUAGGAGCGCGGCCGGGAUGUAAAGCGUGUUCUUUCCUCUGUAACACUGAUGGUUUUCUUAUUAAUUUAUAGGAUUUUUUUUUUUUUUAUGUAAAGAAUUGCACUGAACUCUGUAAACAAAGAUGCUGCUUUUUGUAGCUCCUAUCAAAGGUUACAUUUGUAGUAUAUCGCAAUAAUAUUUUUUACAGCCAGUUCUUAGUGGUACUUGUUCUGGUGGCUUCUGUGUAAAUAUGUUUGCCGUAGGUGACCCAAGACACUUGUAAAGGUUCAAUUUAUAGUUUCAGCUAGAUGCAAAACAGCUAAGCAUGUAUAUUUUAUCAAGCUCAUGUAUUUUUGAAGUUUUUAUGUAGUAUAAAAUGUAAAAACAAACAAACAAAAAAAAAAUUUAGAAUUUUGCAGAAGAAAAGAAAUCAGCAGGUGAGAUUUGGGAAGGUGAGGGGUGUGGGGGUAGCAGUGACUCUGGCAGGUAAUGCUGCUUCCCUGCCAUAGGAAUGGGCAGCCUGGGGAGCAGCAGGAAUUCAGGGUGCUCCCAGAGACUUGAGAGCCCUUUUUUUUCCUUUCCUCCCCUUUGGAAGCAGUAAUGUGCAGACCCUGCUGGUGCAGGGACUAUUCCAUCCCACAUGAGGGUUACCCCAAACUGGGAUUUCCCAGUUCUCCCAGCAUCACCCAGCUCAGUGACGCUGCCUGUGGGAGCUUCCCUGCCCAGUGCCGGGCAAUGUGUGACAUCCCUCUCCCAUUCCUCGUCCUCUUCCCUGUCCCCUCCUGGAGUGCAGCACGAGGCCAGGCAGAGUCAAAGGAUCAAAACCCCCUGAGCUCCCUCACCGUGUAAACAAGAAAUCGGAGCAGGUCAGAGUGACAGCAGUCACAAAAAAGGGACUCAAUUUCCUGUAAAUACCGCACAAUUCAGUGUUACUGUCAGAGCUGAGCUUCAUAGGGCCCAUCUGUUCCCUGGCCCCAUCGUGCUGUGGGCACAGGGAUUGUUUUUGGACUUCAGGAUAGCGCUAAAAUAAUUAACCCGUCAUUACUUAACGAGCAUAAACAGACUGUAUUUAACUUUGUCACAUAAGAUAUAUAUAUAAAUAUAUAUAUAUGCUGUAAAAUGAGGGAAAAAAAACCUUUCUAAUAAACCAACGAUUUGUGGAAAA